AAAAACAAUGCUGGAGGUUUGUUUUCUUGGAUCGAUUUCCUUCACCUUUCUCAAAAAAUAAAAGAACACGGUUGUCAACCAGUAAGAUGAUUAGCGUGGAUCGUGUUCAGUGGAAGGAAGUAGUGUAAUGCUGAUAAAACAGGAGGCGUAUUUAAAGCCUGAGAACUGAGAAUGGGAAUGGUAUGGGUGUGGUUAUACUCUCAUGCAUUUAACCAGACCCCACAAUGCAGUCUUGCUCACAUCUCAGCUCCUCCAACAAAGCCACACCGAGCUCCGGCCCUUCGUUUCCUCAGAGGCAUGGUUUCUCAAGUGACCAACUCCCUUCUCAAGUGCCUGCUGAUUCUCAUCUGCCUUGUCUCAGUGAUACUGAAUAUCGUUUUGAUAUGCCUGAAUUCGAACAGGCUUCCAAAAUGCCACACGCAUUCGCAAGGAACGGUGGCGGCCGACCACACAGACCACAGCUUGAUAUUCGCCGACCUCACUCCCAAGGAGUACCAGAUGGUCCGCGAUUACAUGUGGGACCAGAAGGACUUGAGGAUUUCUCACUCCGCCACCGCGAAAGUGUCGGAGAACUACAUCUUCUUGAUAGACCUCGUGCUUCCGAAAAAAGCAGAAGCGCUGAGAUACCUGGACAAUCAGGGACUCAAACCCGAACGCCAAGCCAGCGUUGUAGUGUUUUAUGGAGAGUUUAACUACCUCAAAGAGUAUGUCGUGGGACCUCUGCCCGGUCCCCUUAAGCAUCGGGAUGUCACGAUGGAGAAGUACAAGGUGGAGAGCUUGCCUUUCACGGCCCGACCUGUGACCAUUGGAGAGUAUGUGCAGCUUAUUGAUUUGGUCUACGGCAAUGUCUUUAUGCAGCUGAAGACAGAACUGAAGGAGAGCUUCGGUUAUGACCCGAAAAGCCCGAACCUGAGCAUUUUCGAAGGGAUGCCCAGAGGAGUAAAAGCAGGCGAUCGAAAGACAUGGAUAUCAUUUUUUCGAGAUUUCAGUGGCAUGUAUAUCCAUCCGGUUGGCUUUGAAAUUUUAGUCCGUCAUGAAAGUAAAAACUCCUCGGACUGGAUGGUCGAAAAGCUCUUGUACAACGGCCAAUACUUCGACACCAUUGAGAGUUUUAAACAAACCUAUGCAGCUGGUGGUAUGCAAAAGAUCGUCUAUAAAGAGGUCUCUAACUUCGCCUCGCUGAAACCGAGAAGCGUACCUACGGGUCUUGGACCACAUCAGUAUUACCUCCAAGGCAAACGCUUCAGCGUGAAGAGCAACCAGGUCAUUUACAAGGACUGGAGGUUUGCAUUCGGUCUGAGCUCACUGACCGGCAUGCGAGUGUUCGACGUUCGCUUCAGAGGAGACAGAAUCAUCUACGAACUCAGCGUCCAGGAGGCCAUGUCCGUGUACGGCUCCAUAACUCCAGGGAUGAUGCUCACCAAAUUUCUGGACACAAGCAUUGGAAUCGGGCGCUUCGCUCACGAACUGGUGCGUGGUGUCGAUUGUCCGUACUCAGCCACUUACAUAGAUGUUUAUCGCUACAUCGACAUCAACGCCACGCAGCUUUACAGCAACGCCAUCUGCGUCUUUGAGCACGAUGUGGGACGCCCUCUACGCCGUCACUUUUCAGAUUUCUUCCAGAACAGCUACGGCGGCCUGACCAACAGCGCCCUGUAUAUCCGCUCCAUCACAGCCAUUGGUAACUACGACUACAUCUGGGACUUCAUCUUCUACCAGAGCGGCACAGUGGAGGCCAGAGUUCACGCUACGGGUUAUAUAUCAUCCUCUUAUAAAGUGCCUGGCAGUCUCAAGUACGGCCACCAGGUCGCUGAAAACGUGUUAGGAAACAUCCAUACGCACUUCGCUAACUUCAAGGUGGAUCUGGAUAUUUUAGGUGUGAGGAACGUGUUCCAGACCAAAGACAUGGAGUAUGAGGAGGUGUCCUUGCCAUGGAUGACCGAACGUAAGGCCAAAAUCCCAAAACUGGUGGAGAAUCAGCUCAAGACCGAGCAGGAGGCGGCACUUCGACACAACUCUAAAAUUCCCCGUUACCUCCAUGUGGCCAGCAAUCAGACGAACCGGUGGGGCCACCAGCGCUCGUACAAGCUGCAGGUGAUGAGUUUGGCUGGAGAUCACCUACCAGAGAGUGAGCCGGAGGAGAGGAGCAUGUCCUGGGCACGAUACAAAGUUGCCAUAACGAAGCAUAAAGACUCAGAGCAGACCUGCAGCAGUCUGUACAGUCAGAAUAACAUAUGGGACCCUGUCGUCGACUUCAGCAAUUACAUCAAGGAUAAUGAGCACAUUGAGAACGAGGAUCUGGUUGCCUGGGUAACGGCGGGUUUCCUGCACAUCCCUCACGCCGAGGACAUCCCCAAUACGGUGACGGUGGGAAACGGAGGCGCCGUCCUCAUCCGCCCGCAUAAUUACUUCGACGAAGAUCCGUCCAUCGACUCGGUCGACGGCGUCUACUUCAACCCGGGAUCGGAAACAGACUGCGAGUACAACAAGAUGGCGUGUUUAGACAAACACAUGUGUAGCCCGACACUGGAGCCGUACACGUACCGCGGAUUCGAGGGCGUCAUCAAAUUUGACAAAUAGACAUUAUUAAUAUAGAUGUUUUCUGUUCCUAAUUCAUUCCUGUCCUCACCAAUAUAGUAUAAUAUACAGCAUUUUCACUCUUAGCGUUGUGUUAUGAUUGUACAGAAUUACUGUAUAUGUGGUACAUUUGUUAUCUUCUUUAUUUUUGUGAUAGCAAUAUGAAUGUCUAUAGAAAAAAUUAUUUUCACUCAUUUUUUAAUUACCAUCGAAUGAGAUUCGACAAAAUUGCAGUUGCUCAGAACUUUUUUUUUUCGUGAUGUCAAUCAAAUUUUUUAUUAUUGUUGUUAUUUUAUUACAGCAUGUCCCAAAAUUCCGCAGCAACUUGUUUUUAAACAAUUAAAAAAAAAUUUUUAACAACACAUCAUAAUCAUACUUUUAUUCAGUUUAUUAUUUUUAUAUAUAUAUAUAUAUAUAUAUAUAUAUAUAUAUACAUAUAUAUAUCUUAUGAAUAUAUUGAUAAAUAUUAUUAUUAUUAUUAUUAUUAUAUAUCUUGAUGUUAAUCAUAUUUUUAAAAAAGAAAAGAAAAAACAAAAACGCAGUUUGUCGUGUUACUGAGAAAACGCAAAUUGUAAACCCCUUGAAGAUGUUGGAAAACUUAAUGUUACCGAUUUACGCUGACUGAUACGAGGCACCGACACUGGAGACUCCUUCCGUAAAAGUUAAACGAACAUCUCCACACAAAAAACUUUACCGUACCAACAAUGACACUUUCUUUUAAUCCAUUUAUGUGGAGCGUGCAGCUGAGAACGGUUUGUUCCUAUGGAAACGAGGAUGUAUUAGAACUAGUGCGUUAAUAUAAACCUGCGAUUUGCAGCUGCACUGUCCGACCAAUCAGAAUCCAGAAUUACACAGCACUGUGGUGUUGUGGUAUAAAUAUCACAUAGUCUACUAAUCUAAAUAGGUUAACCUACUGCGUGCUCCUGUUUUAUGCUAUAACUUUUUCAGAUUAAUUAACACUACUGUAUGUCUCUUGGCGGGGGGGGGAUGAGGGAGGAAGGGGGGGAUGGGGGUUGAUCAUAUUUGUAUACACUGAGAUUGUACCGUCUCAGUUGGGUCCGACAUUAUAGCCAAAAUCGACCGAAGCUCAAUUCACACUCAUCUUAAGCCUACCUCAUUUUGAUGGAAAACAUCCGUAGCAAGAAAUUGAAGCUUAUGAAGCUUAAGCAUCAAUAACGAGGAAUUUUAAUAAACAACAACUCACAGCUUCAGAAAACCACUGAUUCUGUGGCUCGUAACGCUUGCACUAAUUUUCUUACAGUGGAAAUUUAGGACUUUUUUUAAAUCUAAAAUCAUUAGAUUAGAUUUAUGUAUCCGGCACCAGUUACAGUCAAGUUUGAAUGCAGUUCUGUGAGGAAAUUGCUAAUUAUCAAUCUUGCUGCCAUUUCGACUCCCAGAGAUACGUGAAAGUUCACUUUAGAAGCUGGAAAAUGCUUAAAACUGAAAAUCAAUCAUGUUUUUCAGUCUUACUUGUGCUACAGUGUUGCUUCCCUGUUCAGGAGGCUUUAAAGAGUUUCACGUAACUUCACGUACGGUUUAUAAUCUAUAUGUAUCUAUAUAAACGUGUCAUUUAUGAUGCUCAACUGUAUAAGAAGUAAAACUUGUAAAAAAUAAAUAAAUAAAUUAUAUAUAUAUA